AUGGCAACCGUGCUGCGGAAGUCAACUUUUUUAGUGUUUUUGGUGUUGGCAGUUGAUGCCAACCGUUGUGAUGAAGAAACAUUGCUGAAACAGAGGCUGCGAGGGGAACGAAACCAUACGAGUUUGAACCCUCUGGGGCUAGAGCUGUCUGACGGCAAACUCGACUUCCUUGCUGAAGACAAUGCACCGUACACAGCGCAGGAGGUUGGAUGCAUUGCUGCCAACAUGGCCAGCAACAUGUUCCGGAAUGGCACAGUGGUUGCUGCGCCUGCGAAGGUAUCCUCCAAUCACAGCAACGACUACUUCUUCAUGUGGCAGCGGGAUGCGGCCAUGUCAAUGCGAUCGCUGCUGCGUGUCAUUGUGGAUGCACCUAAUCGAACCUUUGCUUCUUCCAUGAGCAACACGACCUCGGCGAUCAGGAAUCAGUUCAUGUCCUACACGCUUUUGUUGCCGCAGCUUUGGAACCAGUCAGAUCCAAACACUUUGUGUCCUCCUUGGUACAAGGAGACACCUGGUUGGUGUGUUCCCAUGGGAGAGCCCAAGUACUUCGUGAAUGGUUCGGUGUACACUAAAUCUUGGGGCCGACCUCAGAAUGAUGGCCCUGCGCUUGCAGCAGUUUUCAUGGGAGAAUUCUUCAACGCAAUCCUUGAUGUUGAAGAUGAGGUCCCAGAUGCAGAUGAACUGCAGCAGAAGAUUUUAGGUGGAGGUGGCACUACUGGCGUCCUUUAUGAUGCCCUGAACUUUGUGAACACCUGGUACAACGAGGGUUCUGUCGGCCCCUGGGAAGAGGUCUAUGGAAGACAAUUCUUUGUCAGCGAGGUCCAACGGCUUGCACUCAAGGAAGGGGUGCGUGUGUGCAACCGCAAGGGCUUCAACUCCAGCGUGCAAUGGCCAAAGUCAGGCUAUGCGAAUUGGGUGUACAGCGCAAAGAACCUGGCAACCGUAUCCAAGUCUUUCAUCUCAGAGGACUUGGUGCAAGCGACCGCCGGCAGGCAGCAAGGAUUAGCUGGGCCGAAGUGUUCCAACUCUGAGCCCUUGCUGCAGAGCACGGGGGAAGUUUGGCCAAAAGAUCUAAGAAGUCCAUGCGAAUUGGAUGUGCAGACUUUGAUUGUCACAAACUUUGUGGCUGCUGGGAUUGGAGAUCCAGUGCUACCACCGCAUGACCAUCGAAUAAUCAACACAGCUGGCAAAAUCGUCGAGUCAAUGGCUCGGUACUAUGAAGUGAAUGCUGUCGAUCGCACAAAAGGCUUGGUGGGCUUGCUGAUUGGGCGGUACCCUGGGGACACGUACUGCGGCUACGGUGCCUGCGCCAAAACAGACUACGGGAACCCAUGGUUUAUUGCUACGCAUGCCUUGGCUGAAUUUCUGUACUUUGUGGCGCGUGCAUGGUGCCAAGACCGCUUGACCAUUGAGGAUGCCAAAGCACUGUCGGUGCUGUGGAAACAGCUUACUCGCGGUGCUGUAACUGGCUGGAAUGCACUUGAGAUGGCGGACUCAGUGAUGAAGAAUGCCAAGGCACACGUGGUGAUGCCUGGGGUCCACAUGUCAGAGCAAAUCAAGAAGAAUGGGCCAGACGUAGGUCAGCAAGCAGGUGUACCAGAUCUGACCUGGUCCUAUGCAUCUGCCCUAUCCGCACUUUUGGCGCGGCACAAGGCAAUUGCAGCCUGCAGGCUGAGGGGUUGUUCGGGUGCCUGUCGGGGUCGGUGA